AUGGCGUCCUCCUCGGUGGCGGCGACGGCGGCGGAGCCGGGGCCGCACGCGGCGGGAGAGAAGGUGGCGGCGGCCGCGGUGUUCUGGCACGAGGGCAUGCUGGCCCACGACGCCGGCCGCGGCGUGUUCGGCAGGGGCCUCGACCCGGGCUUCCUCGACGUGCUCGACCAUCACCCGGAGAACGCCGACCGCGUCCGCAACAUGGUCUCCAUCCUCCGCCGCGGCCCCAUCGCGCGCUUCCUCUCCUGGCACUCCGGCCGCCCCGCCCACGCCGCCGAGCUCCUCUCCUUCCACUCUGCCGAGGAGCUCGUGCAAGCAGAUUCUGCUGGUGCCAACAACAACAAGAUAUGUGAAUGCACUUUCUUGAACCCUGGUUCCUGGGAUGCUGCGCUUCUGGCGGCUGGAACAACCUUAUCAGCGAUGAAGCACAUACUAGACGGGCAUGCCAAGAUUGCCUACGCCUUGGUCCGACCCCCUGGCCAUCAUGCGCAACCCGACCGUGCCGAUGGCUACUGCUUUCUGAACAAUGCCGGGCUUGCAGUGAAGCUGGCUCUGGAUUCAGGGCGCAGAAGGGUCGCCGUUGUUGAUAUCGAUGUGCACUAUGGGAAUGGCACUGCAGAGGGGUUCUACCACACAGACAGCGUGCUGACGAUCUCUCUUCACAUGAAGCAUGGUUCAUGGGGUCCAUCGCAUCCCCAGAGCGGCUUGGUUGAUGAGACUGGUGAAGGCAGGGGUCUUGGGUACAAUCUCAAUAUCCCUCUGCCUAAUGGCAGUGGGGAUGCAGGGUAUGAAUAUGCGAUGAAUGAAUUAGUCGUUCCGGCCAUUGAGAAGUUUCGCCCUGAGCUUAUGGUUUUCGUUGUUGGCCAAGAUUCUAGUGCGUUUGAUCCUAAUGGAAGACAGUGCUUAACCAUGGAUGGUUAUAGGAAAAUUGGACAAAUAAUGAGGGGCAUGGCUGAUCAACACAGCAAUGGUCAAAUACUGAUUGUCCAGGAAGGAGGUUAUCACAUCACCUAUUCGGCAUAUUGUCUGCAUGCAACGCUGGAAGGUGUUUUGAAUCUGCAGGCCCCAUUGCUUGAUGACCCAUUGGGUUUUUAUCCAGAUGAUGAAAAAUACACCAUGCAAGCCGUGGACAUCAUCAAGAAAUGCUGGAAAGAAUCUAUUCCGUUCUUGAAGGAUAUAUAGAAAUCCAAGCCUCAAUUUCAUAUCAAGAGUCUAGGCUCAUGGUCUUUCGCCUUAAAGUACAUAUGUACUGGAGAAGCAUCCGAAUGCUUGCCCCUCUCAUGAACGACCUCCAAAUUUUCAAUUCUCACUGGUAUUGUAUGUAUCAUGUAGUUGUACCAUUGUUUACUUGCAGAACCAGUAAGAAAUAACAGGGGUUAAACAAACUAGACAAAACUUCAACCCCUUUACUAUAUAGCAGAAGCUCCUAUAUAUAAUCCCAUAUCCGGUAGUGGAGGCCAUGGCAGAUUUCACCA